AUGGAGUCGAAAGACGACAAGUCAUUCAAUCCGUUUGCUUUGCUCCCAGGCAGUAUGUCUGCUCUCGCGAUUUCCAAUCCAGCCGCUCCGCCGCAGCAGUCGACCGUGGCAGACAGCUCCAUUUUGGCACUACCAGAGGCUAACACGCCCGCUGACUCUGCGAAGGGAAGGAAGGCGGAGAAGAAAAAGAAGAAAAAGAAAAAUAAGAGGGGCCAGGAGGAAUCGUCAUCGAGGCCGGCAGAGCAACAGAAAGCGCAGGAGAAUGCGGUGCAAGCUGGCUUGGAUGCAAAUACGGUAGCUGCGCAAACCAAACUGCACAGCGCCAUUUCCACCUCGGGUUCCGGUAACACCGAUCAGACUGGGCUUCUUUCCUCGUCAACCACGGCAACCUCGUCCUCGAUACUACACGAGCAAGCCGGCCCACUUACUGUCCAGAGUUCUCGCCAAUAUUUCGCGCCAAGCUCUUCAGUUUUCGCAAACUGGAACAAGGGCAAGGGCAAAGGCAGAGGCAAGAACCACCGCUACGCUGCAAGUACUUCAACUGCUGGUGGAAGCUGGAAUCACGGAUCCACACCAGCUGCGUCAAGCAAUGGGUAUGGACACUUCGAUCUCACCCUGGACCCGAUGUACUACUGGAACAACACCGCCGUCCACCAUCUCGAUGCUCAACUCCUCGCGAUGCGCGUCCGCCUACGCUUUCCUACACCAAAUGAAGAGUUCUAUGGUGGACUGAAGUACCCUCUUUGGCGUCUCAUUGCGACCGGCGAAGACACUCGAGAUAACAUCGCCAUGCUUCUCGGUCCGUUGUGGUUUCCGUUCGUGGGAAAUGCAUACCAGCAGUGGAGACUUGAAGCGCUAGCACUACCUACUCUCCGGCUUGGCUCUCCGCUUUACCACGAGAGGAUGCUCUUGAACAUGGGUUUACCGCGGUGGAGUCCCCGUGAGCCCACAGUGAAGGAGCAGGGGAUGUUGGUCAAUUACGGCAGAUUUGCAUCGGCGGUGCAUAAGGGGGAGAAGCACUCCUUUGAGUGGGGGGCUUAG